GCCAGUAUAAAAUUAUUCCUCCUGACAAGCCUGUCAUUGGAAUCAUUGGAAAAGGAGUCAUCCUUCCAUGUCAACUGAAAGUUAAGAUAAUCCCUGAGAGACUUUCCGUUCAGUGGAUGUUUACUGAAAACUCCAGAAAAAUUGAUGUGACCACUUAUGAUGGAAAAAACACACACAAUCCAGUUCAUGAGGACAAGAUAUACCAGGGCAGGACUAAUUUUUUUCAGUCUGAAUUUAAUAAGGGAAAUGUGUCUCUUCACCUGAAAAAUGUCAUGCUCUCGGACAAAGGGAAAUACACCUGCAGUGUCUUUUUUGAGAAUUGGUAUGAUGAAGUGGUGGUUGACCUGGAUGUGGCAGCUAAAGGUGAUGAGUCUUCCAUUUUCCUGGAUGGUCAUGUGGGGCAAGGAAUUGGCCUCACCUGCAAGUCACAGGGAUGGUUUCCAGAGCCCACAGUCAUUUGGCUGAACAGCAAAGGACAGACACGGGAGGAGAAAGUGACCACCCAAAGCACAAAGACUUCUUCAGGUGUUUUUGAUGUUGUAAGUUCCAUGAGUCUUGAACCAGGAUCUGACAAGGAAGUCUCCUGCAGAGUAGUCAAUAACCUACUCAACGCAGUGUGUGAAUCCCGAGUCCUGAUUUCAGAUUUCUGGGAAGCCAGAAGCCACGCAG